AUUUUGAAAUCCAUUGGCUUCGCGGAACCGGAAAUGUUUGAGAAUUGCACUUUCACAAACACAUCCAGACCUUUUCUUUUACUGUCGGACCUAGAAUUUUAACAACCUUUUAUUCGAAUUAAAUGAUUAACUGCUUACGUAUCGUUAAAGGAUUGAACGUCGCUUAAUUUAGAGGUCGACUGCUUUUAAACCAAGCGACAGAGAGCCGGAGGUGAGCGAACGGUCACUAAGCAUGGAAGUUAAUCAAAGCCCUCAUCCACAGCCUCUUUAAAUCCGCAACUUCAGCUCGGACUGAAGUUAGAGACUCUGUCAAUACGUCACUGUUCUCGCAAUGGACUGAAUAGCAUCGGUUUGGAGCUGUUGACCCAUCGGGAGCUGUAAUUGGUUAACGGGAAGAUGCAACAGGUCCCGUACGGAUCUGUGGAUCGAGACAAGCCUCUCUUCCGUGUGCCUUUCACCCGGUUAGCGGUGAUCACAGUGUGUCUGCCGCUGCUCGGCCUCAUCGCCUGCGUCGUGCUGGCUCUACUCUACCAUUACAAUGACUCUACCUACACACACUGCCAGGUUGCUAACUACCUCCCGUCCAUCAGCGCAGCCAUCAGUCUGACACCAGAGCGCUACAUCUGGCGUUUCAGCAUUGGCCUUCAUUCUGCCCCACGCUUCCUGGUGGCGGCAGCAUAUUUCAGCUUUUACCGUGGACGCUUUUCCAGGAGGCUGAAGGAGCAGCUUUUGAGUGUCCUCACAUUCCUCUUAGCUUUAAGUGAAAAUGUUGGGCUGCUUCUGCUCACUUACGUCUCCUCCACCGAGACCUACAGUGUCCAUAAGAGCGGCUUCAUCGUGUUUAUUGGCAGUUCUCUGUUACACAUGUUGUGCACCUGCAAGCUGUGGUCAGUGAUAGCGAAGAAUUCCCUUAGUGCAGAGGAGAUGAGGUCACACCGCCUGAAGCGCCGCCUCUUCCUCUUCAACUGUUGCAUCUGUCUGUUGGCUGUCUAUUUCUACAGGCGACACAACAAGUACUGUGAAGCAGGAAUUUACUCAUUGUUCGCCGGCUGUGAGUAUCUGGUGGUGCUGUCCAACAUGGCCUUCCACAUGACUGCCUACUGGGACUUUGGAGGUAAGGAGGUGAUGGUUGCAACACCUCCAGAGGGAAAGCGCUUCUGACACAGGAACUGAAUACUUGCAUCAUCUCCUUGAAACUUAAGACACUAGGGUGAGACUGACUGAUCGGAGCAUGUACGACUGUUUACAUCACAGUGUUUGAUUAACUUUAAUACAGGUGUCUGAUCAGAUCAUUGUCAGUUUUUGUGCUAUAUAAAAUAUUUUAAUCAGGCUGAUUAUGCCUUCAAAAUCGUUUAGUCAUCUAUCUAAUAUCUAUACUGUUAUCACUUUCAAAUCUCCUCAUAAACCAAAAUGUGACGUGACAUGUCUGUCUCUUACUAAUUGGUUGUCAAACAUUGUAACGUUUUAAAUGCAUAUUAUUUAUGAAAUAUUUGCAAAUGUGAAAGGAGACUGAAGUCGUGUCAGGUGGUUUUUGCAGCUGCCGUUUCACAAAAGUGCCGCAUCGAGCAUAUACACAUUCAGUUCAGUCACACCACUCUUUCUUUGUGACGCUGGUGUAAAUCAUGUGAAAAGUCAUUGUAAGCUGCCUUUUGCACAGCAUUUCAGGUCUUUAGCGGCUAAAGAGCAUUAUAUGUUUGUUCAUAUUUCUAGUGCAGUUCUUGAUCAUGAACGACCUGUGCCCUUAGUGAACGUGAUGUUGCCAUUAGCUGAACGUUAAAACUGGUUAAGCGCAAUAUGACAUGUUACCCAUAUUUCGUAGAACACCAGUUGUUGUGAACAUGAUUUCAUAUUGCAAUGCUUUUUACGAUGUACCAAAAUCCUGUUUUUAAAUCGUUGUGAAAUAAAUAUUUCGAUGGAAAAA